UCUCUUCUCUCUCUCUCUCUUUAUCACCGGCAUCAUCAUUUUACACAGUUCACACGUCUUCGGAUCGAACCAAUUACCACCGAAUCUCUUGCAAGUUCAGUUUCUUCUUAUCUUCUUUAACCCUAUCUUUAUUGUUGUUAUUGGAUUAUGGCUAUCGUUGAGUUUAUAGUGGGUUUGUUUUAUCAAGCUUAAGACACUUUUAGUGAUGGAAUUGUGGGGUUUCUUGUUGGAAAUACUGUUGAGCUAAUUUACGUUUGAAUUGGUCAUGUGGGUUGCUUUUGUUUGGAUAUACAUGGAUGUGUCGGCGUACUGUUUCUGGAUUAUGGAGGCGGCGUAGUGAGGCUGAUUAGGAGGUGUUUGGGUGACUUAGUUUUCAGUCUGUCGGGAUUAGUGGUAAUUUAACCUAUGUCCUUGUGACCAAACUUUGAUCUUUGUGUUGUUUUAGGGUGGUUGGUGUAUUGGGAGCCUUUGGUGGGUGGAAUUGGAAUCUGGGAGUUAUUGUUUUAUUUUUGAUUUUCGGUUUCUGGGUGUUCUUAGUUUUGAUCAAUGGAGGCUAGGUAUGGAGGAAAGACUCAUCAAUUGUAUGGUUCAGUGGCCUCGGAUUUAAAGGCAGUCGGGAAGAAGAGUAUGGAAUGGGACUUGAAUGAUUGGAAAUGGGAUGGUGAUUUGUUUACAGCAUCUCCACUGAAUUCUUCCGUGCCAUCAGAUUGCAGGAGUAGGCAGUUGUUUCCUACGAGCUCCGAAAUUCAUGCCAAUACGGGCUUGUCUAACAGUUUGUCACCUUGUUCAGGUGAAAUAAAUUUUGGGAAGGAAAAAGGAAAGGCGGAAUUGGAGAAACGGAGGAGAGUUGUAGUUGUUGAAGAUGAAGAGUUAAACAAUGAAGCUGGGUCGCUUAAUUUGAAGCUUGGUGGGCAAGUGUAUCCUAUUACAGAUGGGGAAAUGGAAAAAUGGGAGGCAAAAAGUGGGAAGAAGACUAAAGUUGAAGGGUCUACAUCGAUCCGUGUGGUUUGUCAGGUGGAGGACUGUAGGGCUGAUUUGAGCAAUGCCAAAGAGUACCACCGUCGACAUAAGGUCUGUGAUAUGCAUUCCAAAGCCACUACAGCGUUGGUGGGAAAUGUUAUGCAGCGGUUCUGUCAGCAGUGCAGCAGGUUCCAUGUUCUUCAAGAGUUUGAUGAAGGGAAGAGAAGCUGUCGGAGACGUUUGGCUGGUCAUAAUAGACGGAGAAGGAAGACACAUCCGGAAAAUGUUGUCAAUGGA